UGUUGAUAGCGCUAGCGCUGUGAUGGGUGGCUCGACUCUGCGGUCAAGAUCAAAUUAAUUGUGCAUUCAUCUUUUGGAACCAAAGAAAGCCAAACUAACAACCAAACUAAAGUUUCAUCACUUUGGAGACCUACAGUCCUCUUGAAGGGCAAACAACAUGAGCCCAAUACCGAAAGCUAAUGAGCCUGGCAACAACCCCCAGUCAACAAAGGAGGCAGAGGACGAGUUGGAGCCACCACCCCAGGACUACAACUCAGUCUUGAAUGCAGGUGAUAUGAGCAGCGAGGAGGAAGACAGUGAUGAUGGUGGAGGAGCAGAGACAGGGGGAGGUGCUCAGUAUGGGGGUUAUCAACUUUUGAUGCAGGACCAAGAGCAUGAUGAUGAUGAAGCUGAAGAUGAGGAUGACAAAGAGACAGCUUCAGCACAACCCAAACCGAGUGCUGCCACAGGAAGCCUGGAUGAUGAGCUUGAAAAAGACAUGCCUCAUGCAGCAUAUUCCCAGUACAGUGAAACCUGCACAAGCACAGACCCCACCAAGCCUAACCUCCCCAUUCAUCUUGCCAAACUCCUUCCUUCGGCCACCCCCGCCCCAGACGCUGCUAGCCAGGUCGCACACACCGAUACACAACAGACACUGGAGCAGAGGAAAGAAGGGAUGGCCGCGGAUGACCAGAUCCGAGCUGCUAUGGCCGGGAUAUCUUUACCGACAGCAGCCAUCCCGACCUGGGCAAGGGCCGUGGAUGAGAGCAACUGGAAAGAGCAGUUGGUUGCUAGGAUACAAUGUAAGCAUGAGAAACAGCCGCUUAGGCCUGGGAAUGCAGCUCAGGCGAAAGGAACUGGUACAAAAAGAUGAUUUAGAUGCAAUAUCCACAGUGAACAUUUGUACUCCUGGGUAUGGUUUGAACAGGUUUGAUUGUUAACCCAUUGCCUACAGGAACUGAGUGGAUCCUACAUUCAGUCUAUGGGACUGAGGGAAUUCCACAGGCAACAGGUUAAGAGUGACUGUGAUUUAUAUGGCCAAAUCUGUGAUCUCAAAGUCUGCUGGCAUGUCUUGUGUUUUCCCCAAGAAACAAAAAUGUAUGUAUACAGUAGGCUUGUGGUAGCACCAUGUGAGAGAGAGGGAGGAUUGGGGAGUCCUGAAAAGCACUCUUGGUAAUCUUUCUUGAGUGUUUGUUAAGAGUGACUGUGAUUUAUAUAGCCAUCUCUGUGAUCUCAAAGUCUGCUGGCAUGGCUACUGGCUAGUGUUUCCCCAAAGAAAUAAAAAUGUAUAUAUUACAACAAGUAAAGCAAAGAGGAGCUUCCUAAGAUCCUCUGCUGCAACCAUGGCUUGUUUAUAAAACAACUCUUUUCCAUUCCUCACCAAAGAAUAUGAUGAUUAAUGCUUGACCCUGUUAUUGACCCCAUAUUAGAUGGUGUUGUUAAAAGUGGUAUGAGACAUGUCAAGUGAAAUUUAGGUCUAAUUGUGACUGUCCACAGAGUUCAGUGAUGCAAUCAAGACUUGGGAAUCCUUAGGCGGAAACUAACAAACAGACUUUGGUGACAUUAGUUUUGCAUUAUGUGUCCAGGUCAGAACAGAGAUAUCUAAUGCAAAACUUAAGAUCUGCCAUGGGUGCAAUCAGUCCUGAUCAGUGUUGUAAUAUCUCGGUUAUCUGAUUUUUGUUUUCCUUUAUUCAACUCUUGUGCGUGUGUAUUGGGUUUUUACAGACGUGUAUCAAUCAGAUAUGAUUAUUUACGUCUGGGGACCGACCUUAAAACGUCGCCAUCCAAAAGAUGUGACUCAGUUUCGAGCCUGCGUCCUAGCUGAAUCAGUUUGUAACUUCCACUGGUAGCUGGAUUACAGGCGCACCCAAAAACGCCUAGUUAAACUUGUUAAACUUGGUGUUUUAUUCAAACUAUUUUGUUGAUUUAAGACACCUGAAGCUAAAUGAAGCCCAACUGUGAAGAAAAUGGGCUAAAAUUUUACACAGAUGUAUUCUUCAGUAGCAUCUUACAACAAAUUUGAGUAACAUACAAUUUCAGAGGUCUUUAUAAUCAUUUUUUUUUUUUAAUUCUCACGGACAGAGAGAGAGCAAAAGAGAAAGUGAAAGAAAUGAGCACCACUUGUCCUAGUGCUUUCAUUCUUGAUGGCAAGGCCAUUGGUUUUGUAGGAAAUCAAAUGUACAUGUAUGUAUAUUGUAUAGACGGGAAUCAGUAAUGCCAAUUUUUUUUUGAUGAUUGUCUUUUCCUUGCCUCUGUUAUCAUAUAGUAUGGUGGUUUUAUACAAAUAACAUACAAUGCAUAUUCCCUCUGUACAUUGUAUAUUGUAAUUAGUUUCUAAUGAGAAGCAGAAAACCCAUACCACAUAACAGGUUUUCAAUUUCCAUGUUCAUUCUUAAAAUACCUAAAGGACUGCUGGGCUUUAUUUAGAGCUGGGAGUCACACCAGGCCUGGUCACUAAAACCUUCUGGUUUAGUAUUCAGGUCCUCUUCCAGUCCAGGGGGUGUUACACAAAGACUAAGAUCAAAUAUAAGUUGGACUUAACUAUUGCAGGCCGUUAUUGAUCUCUGAAGGGACAGACAAAACAUGCCCACAAAUCUACAGAAUUUACAUUUUUUAUUAUUCAUUAUUGAAGAAAACAAAUUUAUCCAAGAUCAUAAUGGUGAGAGCAAACAGUUGCAUGAACUGUCUGCCAUAGUUAAAUCCAACUUAAAGUCGAUCUUAGUCUUUGUAAAACACUCCCCAGGCUUUUUUUCCAUAAGUUCUAGCAUUAGCUUGAUGCAAAACUCAAAACCUCUCUGUGAUAGUACAUUGUUUUUAAUUAUGAAUAGAACAUUCUUGAAAUCAGUAAGUGCAUUUCUCGCUUCCAACAGCAUUAUUGAAUGAUUGCCAAGACAUUUGUGCCAGGUUUGAAUUUGAAAUCUUUCAGUUAAACACCAAGUGAAUACCACUAUGCCACUAUUAUAUAAUCGUAAAUGUAAUGUUGAUUAGUCAUAGUGAAACUGCAUUCCAUCUCAGACAGAACUUCCCAUCAGUCGUUCUGAUUUGCUUUAAGAUGGCGUAGUGAAUGGGACGCUCAUCUAUAAUAGUCACCUCAAGUAUAGAGUUUUGCUAUCCAUUCAUUAUAAUUUCAGUUGCAUAAACUAAAAUAUAAAGAAAAAAAAUCAAAGAACUUCAAAUUUUACCACAAAUUCUUAUCUACAUGUAUGGGCUGUAUGAGAUGCAAAAUAGAUGCUAAAAUCUGUAUUCUGUCGCCUAUCAGAAAUUAGACCACGGCUGUCAUUUCUUUGCAAGUAAAGUGCAUUGUAAAGUAUACAAAAAUGAUUGCAGUAGUCUGUGUUGAAAGAUUGUACACAUAUUCUUGGGCAUAUAUUGGCAACAACGAUGGAAAAGAAAAAAAUUGUUGCUCCCUUUAUCUUGACACAUUUUUGUAUCUACAAAUUUUGCACCAUUUUGAUUUUGCCUAUUGAACAGAGAAACGUAUAUGAGAAGGACAGCAUUCAAGGUACAUGUAUAUUGGUUGGAGCAACUCAUAUGUUGCAUGAAGAUUUAUACCAGAAUAAAUUCGAAAUCAGAGAUAGCUAUUAGCUAGCUAUUUGCAUCAUGCCCUUAAAAUGUGACUUCAGUUCAGAAUUGAAGAAAAAUGCAUUCCACAUGAAAAUCUGUGAUCUCUAUUGAGAUAAAAACUU